AACAAAGAGAAAGUGUGUUUCUACAAACACAGAUGAAAGUCAGACGGCAUUCACACACACAGACACACACAGACGCUCCUCACACACUAGCGACGGUAUCCUCUGUUCAUCAUGGCAAACACUGGUCUGCAGGUGAUGGGUGUGGUUCUGGGCGUAUCCGGCUGGGUGUUCGGGAUCAUAGUCUGCAUUGCCCCCUGGUGGCGCACGUCUGCAUUCGUGGGCAAUGAGCUGGUGGUGUCGCAGGUACAGUGGGAGGGGCUCUGGAUGACCUGUCUGUCGGACUGGGGUCGUCUGCAGUGUAAGGUCUUUGACUCAGGUCUGGCGCUGUCGGGAUCCAUGCAGACGUGCCGUGCGCUGUGCGUUGUGUCUUUGCUGCUGUGUGUGUUGGCGCUACCGCUCUGCAUCACCGGCCUCAAGUGCACACGGUGUCUGGGUGAGGCGCGGGAUCCCAAGGCUCGGCUGGUGCAGGUCGGCGCUGCAUUAUUCGUGGCUGCCGCGUUUUUAUUCCUGCUGCCGGUGUGCUGGAAUGCGUAUGACGUAAUUAGUAAUUUCUACAACCCGAAUGUGCCACCGACACUGAAGCGUGAGCUCGGCCCUGCCCUCUACCUGGGCUGGGUGGUGGUGCUGCUCAUGCUGGUGAGCGGAGCUCUGCUGUAUUUAGGCUCCGCCUCCCCCGGAGCUCCGGUCAUGCCUGUUUUUGGAAGAGGCGGGAAAGUGAAUCCUCCAUCGACAGCAGAGAGCAAACCAGAGAAGGUGUUUGUGUAAGAGGACGUCAGUUAAUAGUUAUCUGAAAGCUUUGAUCCGCAUGAUCCGUGUGUUUUUUUUAUUUGUGGAGCGUAAUAAUUU